UCACUACAGACAUAAUGUUUAAACUCUUUGAUAAUCAAUGGUGUAAAUACGUUCAGAUAAGUAAAUAUCUGACAUGGAAUUUAAGCACUAAUUUUAAGGGUUUCUUAAGAUUGGGAGAUUUAUGUAUAAUUCCAUGUAUAAAUAUUUCCAUUUAUUUAUACGCUAAUUUUUGAUCAAUUAUUGAUUUUCCUUAUCAAUGAAAUUAAAAGUGGAUCUUUAAAGGGAAAAAAUCGCGCUAGCGGAAUGGACGUAUAACAAUGUGGAUUUUAUAUUGUUUGAAUUGAAUAUGGAAAUUCUCUUUAAUUGAACAGAUCUUUUAAAAGGCAAUUCUAUUGUUGCAUUUAUUGUCCCAGGGAGAAAUUAUAUUCUACAUAAACUGAACAGAACAAUGUAAUAGCCAUUAAUUUAUGUGGAUAGUUAAACAAACAGUCUUUUACAACGUCAGACAAGUACAACAAAUGACAACGCUAGUUUCGUAAAAAAACAACUCACUAUACGACAUGGAUUUUGAUUACAUUUAUAUAUAACUAUUUUAUAUCUAUGUUUUAACACUUAAAUGAAGUGCUAUUAAGAUUUUGAAGAAGAGUUUUGAGAUAUCUACUACAAAGUGUUAAAUGCAUGUUGAAAGUACAAGGGACCGCUGGGGCGGAUCUCCGAGGACAUUGACACCUGGUCGACCCAAGUCAGUGCGGGAAUUGUACCGGCCUGCUGUGCAGGACCUCAGUGAGCAAGCAGCAAGGAAUGGUACCAGUAAUCAAGAAGAAGCAAUAUUGAGUGUGGUGAGCACGUGCACACCACGUGGCUCAAGGUCAAGUGCAGAUUAUUACAGCGAAAAGUUCCACUCGCCAACCCCAUUGAUCAGUCAGUUUACCCCAGAAGAAGCAAUCAAAUCGUCACCAACAACUUCAUACUGUUUCAACACUCACAACAAUGAGUACCACGAAGAUCUCCAUAGACAACGCGUGCUUGUAUCUGCGCAUCAACGCCGGAAGUUACAAUCGCGCCUGCGUCGUUCAAAAUCUACGCCCCUAAGUGAUAGAAGCAGAGAAUAUUGGCAUGAUGAUUACAAGAAUAAGCUCGAGCUCGUUAUAACAAAUAAUUCAAAAGUUGAUGAAAAAGAUUUAAAAGAAAGAAUCAACUACAGACUAACAAACCGGACAAAGCCUAGGACAGCUCCUCAGGGUUCACUUAUGUCAAAUGGCUCACCGUUAUCAGUCACCAACGGUUACACACAGACUUUAACCCAGCAUUACCCAAAGUACACUCAGAAAUAUAGCAACUGGCUAACAAAUGGUUUUAAAGUUCAAAGCUUUAGGACACACCCUUUAUCACAAGAGUACAGUCACUCGCGCCCACCACCUCCGUUAUUACAGUAUAUAAACCGACCAAAAACUGUCCACAGCAGACUUGGUCCAAGAAAAUUCUACGGAUCAAUGGAUAUAAACAUAAUCGGAACACAAAAGAAAGGCGUGUAAUAAAUACAAGUACAAUUUAUAUCUUUGUGGUCUAAUAUUACAUCUUCAAAUUAAUAUGUGAUAAUCAAAUUUAAAAUAUCUAUUUCUGAUAAGUUGAUACAAUUGGGAUGUCUUGGUUUGAGGAAUACUCAAAUCAAGCCAGUUUCAAAAUGAUUUCAGGGUUGUAAACAGAAAAUGGACAAAUGUCAGAAACAAAUAUUUGAUUAAGUAAAAAGUUAUGUUUUAACACAUGCGCGUUUGCUGAAUGAACAAUUACCAUGAAAACCAUGUCGAAAAAAAAUCAGAGACGCUUUUAAACUUAGCAAAAGAAUGGGCAAUUAUAUCACAGAAAGUCUACGUUCAAGUAGAUCUUGUAUGUGAAAACAAAUUACGGACUCUUGUCUUGAGAUUUGUAAAUCUGCAUAAUAAAUGGAGAAAUUUUGUAUUUUGAGAACAGAUCAAUGUUCAAUGACCACCAGAAAUUAAAUUAGAGGUGGGGUGGCGUUUAGCAUAGGUUUGUGGAAUUAUAAAUAUAUAAAUUACGAGACUAAUAUUUGAGAAAUUACGCAAGAAAGCACAGGAUAAAUACAAAUGACCUCCUGAACGGAAAACUGGCUUACAUGGUCAAGAGACCAAUGUGUAUUAAUCGUGACAAAAGUUAGCUCCCCUGACGUGCACGCGGUUUUUUCAUGUUUGUUACAAAUGUAGGUUAUUUAUUGUUCGAGUAAAUGAUGUUUGAGCUACUUUGUAUUUUAUAUCCAAUGCAUAAACAUUCAUUCUUUAGUAGCAUAAUAUGUAUUUCAUUCUAAUUUAUUUACAAAGAAUCAGUUUAUUUAUUUAUAUAUUUAUGCUUUAUUCGUUGCCAAGGUUUCAUCAACAUUAUCAUCACAUCAUGUUUAUUGUAAACAUUACUACAUCAUCAUCAUCAUCAUCACCAUAAUCAUCAUCAGCAACAACAGCUACAGAACUGCAGUCAUCAUCAAUCCUAAAAACAGUUCAUUGAAAAAACUGAUUUGUAUGGCUCCAUAUGGUGAUAAAUUUCUUAAAUAAACAGAAAACAAAAGAUAAAAUUUUUUGUAAUCAUUUAUUUAAAAUAAACAAUAUCUACAUGGUUCUUUUCUCUCUUGUUUUUUGCCAAUGCAACACAAACAAUUGGCCAAUUUUGUAAACCUAAUGUUAAUUCAUGGAUUUCAUUACAUAUAAAAUGAUAUAAU